AUGUUUGAGAGGGGGCUUCAUGUCUCCCUGUUUCUCUUCCAGACUGGAAGUGAUGACUUGUUUCUGCCUCAGUACCAAGAUGAGGAGCUGGUGGACAACCUGCUGUCCAAUGAGGAGUCAGAUGGAGGCGGCCUCUCCCUGGCCAAGGCUCUGCUCCCUCUCGUAGAGUCCUCUCCUGCCCUUGUCCCCUGCUCCACCCGCUACAAGACGGAGCUCUGCACCACCUACUCAGCCACCGGUUUCUGUAAGUAUGCAGAGCGCUGUCAGUUCGCCCACGGCCUCCACGAGCUCCACGUUCCCUUCCGCCACCCCAAGUACAAGACGGAGCUGUGUCGUAGCUACCACACCACUGGCUACUGUUACUACGGCAGCCGCUGCCUGUUUGUACACAACCCCACCGAGCAGCGCCCCGCUCUGCGCCGCAGGAGGAACUUCCCGUGCCGAACCUUCCGCUCUUAUGGAGUUUGUCCCUUCGGCAACCGCUGCAACUUCCUACACGUCGAGGGUGGAGAUGCUGGCAGCAGUGAGGAGUCGGCUGAUGUUGAGAAGACCCCACCUGUUCCCUCCGCUCCUCUGCAACCACAGACGAAGGAGUGGAAGCCACGUGGAGCUCUGUGUCGCACCUUCAGCGCGUUUGGUUUCUGCUUGUAUGGCACGCGCUGUCGCUUCCAGCACGGCCUGCCCAGCAAGAUCAAAACCCCAGACCAGAACCAAGGAAACCACUUCUUCCCUCACCCAGGUAGCUCAGGUCUACCAUCCCCCACCUCACCAUUCAGCUUCACCUCACCAAACUCCCUAAGCUCAUCCCCUCCUCCCUCCACAUCGUCUUCUCCUCCACCCAUCUCCCCUCUCACGGCCCUGCCAGCGGAGCCCACCGCCCACAACGCCUUCACCUUCUCUAGCCAGCACCUGAGUGACCUGCUGCUGCCUCUGGCCCUCCACCUGCAGCAGCUGGAGAGCAGCAAGGCCCAGGAGAUCUGGGACAACAGGGUGCAGUAA